UUCAGUCCAAUGUAGCUAUCAUCAGGUUCAAUUCCCUGAUUUCAUGUCAUUACACUGGAAAUCGUAUUUUCUCUUCCUGAUGUCGGUCCGUUGCGUUCUUUCAUCAUUGAGUUACCAAUGUGUAUGUUGGUAUAAUCUAAGAGAAUAGUAAGAUAAUCCGUGCAAAUUGCAAUCAUCUGACUGAUGUGGGGUAUGGUUAUGGGUGUGUUAAUUGUGGAAGCGUGGUUGAUUUUUAUGGUUUGUACGUAGAUUGAAGUGUUACUUCUUUAACCUAAACAUAUCUCAACAUGUUUCGAGGAGAUGAUGAUGACGAUUUCACACAGGGCUCCAGUUCCAAGCUUGCGUCAUUGUUCGGGAUUGGAAAAUCAUCGCAGGAGGGCAAUACGUCUCUGACGUAUACUGCUCCAAAACAACCAAAGAAAGGGCGUGCAGAAAGUCAAAGUGUGAAGGGGCAAGCCGUUGGACAAUCAAGUUCGCAGACUGCACCGUCAUCAGCCAAAUUGAGUAUCAUUGCUGUCAAGGCAGUUCACACAUAUAAAUUGGCAGAUGGCAACUACAUUGCUCAAGGGAAGUUGGGUGCAGCAGUCCUUGGCAAUGCAGCAUCACAGACGUACCAGCUGCUGCUGUACAAGGGGAAGCAGCAACAUGUCACCAGUGCACGCAUCUCAUCCGCAUUCCAGUUUGUGGUGCAAGCAAACAAUUAUGCCACAUUUUAUGAUGAUCAGAUGCAGAACUGGUCGGUGAUGUUUGAGAGUAGCGAUGAUGCAGUAGAGUUUGCCAAAGAGGUGGGGUUGGCCCGUGUGAAUGCAGUGGCAGACCAGACUGAUCACAAACUUGUGGUGCAGGAUCUAUUGUCUGGGGUAGGAUCUGCAGCAGGCGAAGGCGAUGUCGUUGACGUCUGCUACAUCGCGUAUCCUCUGACGGCUGGCAUGCUGGGUCAGGAGGUGGCGAACACCACAAAGUCCGAGAAGCCGCAACGAGCGAAACUGAGGAAGGGGAGCUGGGAAGAGGGGCUACUUGGGGUUGCUAAGGGGUGCAAGCGUAUGAUAAUGCUGCCACCAUUCCUUGUGGUGAGAUUUUAGUUCCUAAAGGCUGUACCUAUCCACUGUGUGAAUAGCAAAGUUGUAAAAUAAGAAUUGAAUUUUUAAAAAAAUAUGUUGCGUUACUUCUGGAGUGACCCUCGUAUUACAAGAUGUAAAUAUGUGUUCUCUAAAUGGAUAAAUAGAUGAUAGGAAUGAGAUGGUUAACCCACUUGAACAGACUCUCGGGACCUUGAAGGCCAAAGAGACGGGGAGACUGUUCAGAUUUUUUGUUUGCAUUAUAUAAAAGAAAAUAAAUGCAAAGUGUAACUCU